AUGUCUUCAGAUCUUUCGCGCGAACCAGGCAGAGAGCUCAAGCUCCUGCACUUCAUCUAUGAACAGCCCAAUCUCGACGAGAUCCGCGGCCACCCGCAAAAAGUCAUCGAUCUCAUCCACGAGUUCGAAAAGACCUACCACUUCAUGAACGUAGGCGCCCCAAAAGGCAAGAUCGUCACCGAUUUGAUCGACGAGCUCAAGCCCAAGACGAUGAUCGAACUCGGCUGCUACGUGGGCUACUCCGCCAUCCUCUUCGGCGAUGCCGUGCGCCGAAACGGCGGCGAGCGCUACCUCAGUCUCGAACUUAAUCCGGAGUUCGCAGCCAUCGCCAACAUGCUAGUCGAGCUGGCGGGACUGCGUGACUUCGUCCGUAUCAUUGUCGGUCGAAGUGAUGUCUCGCUGCACAAGCUGCUUACUUCGGGCGAGGUGGCGAAGGUGGAACUGCUCUUUAUUGAUCAUUACAAACCGGCGUAUACGACGGAUGUCAAACUCUGCGAGCAUCUCGGGGCUAUUGGGCCUGGCUCGGUCCUUGCGGCGGAUAAUGUGCUGUAUCCCGGAAACCCGCCGUAUCUGGAAUAUGUGCGUAGUUCCGUGGAACGGAAGCGAGAGGUGGCACGGGCUGGACCUUCCACGGGGUAUGACACGAAUGGGAUCCUGGAGCGUGCGGUGCAGUCUUUUGUGGGGAAGGAUGAUGUGCCCGCGUUCGCCUCUGUCGGGAAUCCGAAUUUAGUGUAUGAGAGUCGCUUGUGUCAGCCUGAGGGAUUGCAGGACGCCAUUGAAGUCACCAGAUGUGUGGGGGUCCAGUAG